AUGCCAAAAUACCGCACAAUUACAUGGAAAACAUCAGUAGACAAAGAAAAUGCAACUUUCUUUCUCCUUCGCAUUGGUCAAAAAACCAAAACCUGUCUCAAUAAUCGUAACUUUUUUGUAACUAUUAUUAUUGGUAAUAAAAACAAUACCUCUCUACCUGGGUAUUUGUGUCAAAGUGAUGCAUAUAUUAGUCAAAUAAAAAAUGAUCCUUCCAGAGCUAUUUCUUCGGUAUAUGCACAAAUGUUUGAAAAUAGAACACGAUUUUCAGGUCCCUUGGUAUUAGGAUGGCAAGAUGAAGAUAUUAUUCAUCAGCUUUUAAGGGAUGUCUUAUUCAUUCCAAUUUUAAUUUUUGUUGAUUCGCUAAAAAUAUUUGUAUAUAGAAUAGGAAUUUCUUCUCAAGUAAAUUGGCUUAACGCUAGUCCUAGAUAUAAAUCAUCUUUCACACACAAAUUUAAUG